AUGCCAGCGUACGAGAAUGAAAUUCUUCUGCAACAAUCACCCCCGCGGGUCCCCUUUGAUCGCGAGCCCGGUACACACGGCACACGCUCCCCCGCCCUUCCCAUCUGUGCACGCCCUCCUCUCUGUGCACUCACCACGCAGCGCCCAUUAGGCACUGUUCCAGGGUCAACGACAGAGUGCGCAAGGACAGAGCGGACAGAGCGGGCAGAGCGGACACAUGCUCCGUUUAGCUCAGCGAGCUCACCCUCGACGCAACAUCUGGCCGCCGCACCAGCCGUACCACCAGCCGUACCAACAUCCGUACCUGGGCAGAGCCAGCUGCCUCCCAGGUCCACAGGUCCCAAGCCACAUAUCGGCCACCGCAUCAUUCAUUGCUCAUCACCCCUGCCCUUCCUUCCCUCCCGACCAGCCCAAGCUCCCCUCGGUGCUUCGGCCCAGCAUACCGAUACCGCCGCCAAGCUCCUGGUCCUGCACUCAAGGUACCGUGUUCCACAUAUCUCCUCUGUCACCAACGACCGACCCGACCGACCUUUUGGUCGCUCGCUCGCUGCCUCCUUGGCCUUUUUCUUCCCUCUUCCUUCUCAAUUGCUUCGACCACCUCGUCUCUUUCACACCUCGCCUCACUCGUGA